GCAUCAUUGGGGACAUAAAAGGUGCCCGGGGUUGAAAGGUCUCACUCCCUCUCUUUCUCUCUCCAAAUGCAAUGGGAGGCAAAACUAGUACCAGGAGUAGUUGAAAAUCUGAAGUCCCAAGAUGAAGAUCUUCUUCCUCAAAUUCAUGCUUGUCAUCUCACUUUUUGCACUGGUAGAGUCUACAUGCCACAGUACAGACCAAGAACUUCUUUUCAAGGCUUUCAGCUCCGUCUCUGGCUUCAAGAUCUCCUGGUUCAAGUCCUCUAAUUCUAACUGUUCAUACCCUCCAAUUACAGAAAUAAAGCUCUCAUCAAGAAAUCUCAGUGGUUCUCUCUCAUGGAGGUUCCUCAGAAACAUUUCUCAGCUUCAAACCAUUGAUCUCUCUAACAACUCUCUCAAAGGCUCUGUACCAGGUUGGUUUUGGUCCAUCCAAACCUUGGUUAACGUUAGUCUCUCCAGGAACAAGCUAGGAGGUACCAUUGGGUUUGACCCUCGUUCAGAUGUGACACAAACUUCAUCAAUUCAAGUGCUCAAUCUGUCCACCAACAGGUUCACCAACUUGGCUCAUCUCUCCAAUUUUCCAAACCUCACUGUUCUUGAUCUUUCACAUAAUGAUCUGAAAAUUCUUCCUUUUGGUUUCACCAACCUGACCAAGCUUAAAAAACUUGAUCUUUCAAGCUGUAACAUUUCAGGAAAUCCAAAACCCAUAUAUGCUCUUCAAUCAUUGAGAUAUUUAGAUGUCUCAAACAAUCACAUGAAUGGUAAUUUUCCUUCUGAUUUUCCUCCACUUUCCGAUCUCAAGUUCUUGAAUGCUUCAUUCAACAACUUCACUGGCAUAUUAGGCUUAGACAAAAUCCAAAAGUUUGGCAAGUCUGCCUUCAUUCAUGCUGGCAGUUUUACAAACAAUUCAAAGCCCCCAAACUUCCCUAUCAAACCACAAUCUAUAAACCCAAGUCCCAAACAACCACAACAACACAAACAAAUCCACAAACACAUCAAAGGCAAGAAACCCAAAUCAAAGACCAAAAUUUUAGUCUUAGCUAUAUCAUUAGCAUCAAUUUUUGUGGCCUUGGCCAUGGUUGUUGCUGCAUAUUUCAUGUACAGAAAGAGAAAAUUGGCAAGAAGGAACAAAUGGGCAAUCUCAAAACCCAUUCAACUACCAUUCAAGAUUGAAAAAUCAGGGCCAUUCUCAUUUGAAACUGAGUCAGGUACAUCAUGGGUGGCUGACAUUAAAGAGCCAUCUUCAGCACCAGUGGUCAUGUUUGAGAAGCCAUUGAUGAACUUCACAUUCAAGGACCUGAUAGCUGCUACGUCUCACUUUGGAAAAGAGUCCCUACUUGCAGAGGGGAGGUGUGGGCCCGUGUACAGAGCUGUUUUGCCUGGUGAUCUCCAUGUGGCAAUCAAGGUUUUGGAGCAUGCUAGAGAUCUUGAUCAUGGCGAUGCUGUGGCCACGUUUGAAGCUCUGUCAAGGCUUAAACACCCCAAUCUCUUGCCCAUAUCUGGGUAUUGCAUAGCAGGAAAAGGGAAGCUAGUCUUGUAUGAAUUUAUGGCCAACGGUGACCUCCACCGAUGGCUCCAUGAGCUACCAACUGGGGCACUCAACGUGGAAGACUGGACCACCGACACGUGGGAGCAUCACAGUGAUGGAGAAGAAAAUGGGCCCCGUAUCACAUCCCCUGAAAAAUUGGAAUGGCACACGCGCCACCGCAUUGCGGUGGGCAUGGCCCGUGGCCUUGCUUACCUCCACCACGCGCAGUCCAGACCGGUAGUGCACGGCCACUUUGUCCCAUCAAAUAUUUUACUUGGUGAGGACUUGGAGCCGCGAAUUGCGGAUUUUGGACUGAGUCAAGACCGAAUUGCUGGUUCUAGGGAGACUGAUGUGUACAACUUUGGUGUUGUUUUGAUUGAGUUGUUGACUGGCCAACCCGGUUCCGUUGAGACCGUUGAGUGGGUGAGGACGUUAGUGAAAGAGGGACUGACUGUGAACGCGCUUGACUCAAGGCUGAGACUUGAUGGCGACUCGGUGUGUGAGAUGGUGGCGAGCCUCCGAGUUGGGUACUUAUGUACGGCGGAGACACCAGGGAAAAGACCCACAAUGCAACAAGUUUUGGGUCUGCUCAAAGACAUACAUCCCAUCACCGCCGAAUUAAGCUGAGUUGAGCCGCCGAGUCAAUGCUCCAUUUUCAAACUAUUUCGUUCCUACUAAGUGUACGCUCCGAAUAGGCGUGUGCAGAUGUUACCAUCACAAUGAUAGCUGUAUUCAUGGUAAAUUAGUCAUGAUCAAAAAUAAGUCAUGACAUCCCCUUUUAAAUUUUCUCUUCAAUUCCUUUUUUAGCAAAUCACUAACUAUGCUGGGUCAAAAAAGGUGCGGAAAAAGAGUGUAUAAAGAUCACUUUAAUAGAUUUUUAUUGGUUGAAUCUUGUGAUUUUUAAUCGUG